AUGGCCAACGCUCAGUACACAUUGCCAAAGCUUCCCUACGAUUAUGAUGCUCUCGAGCCUCAUAUCUCGGCUCAAAUCAUGGAGCUGCAUCACAGCAAACACCACCAAACAUAUGUCACGAACUUGAACAAAGCCAUCGAGACCUACAACGCCAACCCCCUCCAAAGUCGCAUCGGCGUCCUCGCGGCCCUCAACUUCCACGGUGGCGGUCACAUCAAUCACUCCCUCUUCUGGGAGAACCUGUCCCCGGCUUCCAGCCCAGACGCUUCAACCGAUGCGGCACCGGCGCUGAUCGCCGAGAUCACCCGUAUUUGGGGCAGCCUCGACAAAUUCAAGGCGGCUUUCAAUACCGCUCUGCUAGGUAUCACUGGCAGUGGCUGGGGUUGGCUGGUCAAGGACGAUGUCACCGGCCUCAACAUUGUCACUACCAAGGACCAGGACCCCGUCACCAAGGGGGUGCCCAUCUUUGGCAUCGACAUGUGGGAGCAUGCGUACUACCUGCAGUACCUCAAUGGGAAGGCGGCCUAUGUCGAUAACAUUUGGAACGUCAUCAACUGGAAAACUUCCGAGCUCAGGUUCUCGGGGAGUCGAGAUGAUGCUUUCAAGGCGUUGAAGGCGGUUCUCUGA